AAUUCAAUUAAAAAAAAAAAAAACCUAAUUUGAAGCCUGGAAUUUCAAAUCUAGAUCGAGCUGUAACUUCUUAGAAUUGAGCUCGGCGGUCCGUUCCCAGUUUCCCUCGAAACCGAAAAUUCUUGUUCAUUUCCAAAUUUCAAAUCAGUGAUUGAAUCGAAUCGAUCCUCAUCUUCUCUCAUUCCACAUAUUCAAAGUGUGUGAUAAUGUCUGGGGAGGGAGUUGAGGAGGUUAUUCAAGUGCCUGAAACUCGGGAAGACGAGUCUUUGAAGCCCGAGGCUCAAUUUUCUGAAACAAAUGGAGAUCUUUCCAAGGAAAAUGCUGAGUUAGAUGCCAACUUGAGUUCGGAUGACGCUCAUGACAAGCUUUUACAGACAGUUACUGAACUCAAAUUCGAGAAUGAAGUAAUAAAGUCUCAGCUGGAGAGCUUCAAAAAUUUCCAAUCAGAAAAUGAUGUUCCGUCACAACAAACUAAUGUAAGCGGAAAGGAAACUAAGUUUUCGGCAGAUGUAAAAGAACUACAUGAUAGAAUAGAAUCUUUGAGCAGAGAACUCAAUGAAGAAAAACAAACACGAGUUGCAGCAGAAGAGGCUUUAAAGCAUCUUCGAGAGGUCUACACAGAAGCAGAUGCUAAAGCUCAAGACCUCUCUGGCAAGCUUGCUGAAGCUCAAAAAAAGUUGGAUCAAGAAAUAAAAGAGCGUGAGGAGAAGUACAAUGAGCUUGACUCCAAAUUUAACCGGCUUCACAAGCGUGCAAAACAGCGCAUUCAAGAGGUUCAGAAGGAAAAAGAUGACCUUGAGGCCAGGCUUCGUGAAGUUAAUGAAACACUUGAGCAAGCAUCAUCCCAACAGUCAGGUCUGCAGCAAGAGCUUGAGCGCACACGUCAACAAGCAAAUGAAGCAUUGAAAGCAAUGGAUGCAGAGAGGCAGCAAUUAAGAAGUGCAAACAAUAAACUCCGAGACAAUAUUGAGGAAUUGCGCCGUUCAAUGCAACCUAAAGAAGAUGCAAUUGAAGCAUUGCAGCAGUCAAUUUUAGAGAAAGAUCAGAUGUUGGAAGACUUGCAAGGACUACUACAACUUGCGGAUGAAAAAAGGCAAGCUUCACUGGCAGAGGCAGCUGCUAAACAUCAGAAGAAUAUAGAGAGCUUGGAAGCACAACUUGCUGAUGCUUUAUCCGAUAGAUCUAAGGCCACUGAAACAAUUUCUUCCAUGCAGGUGCUCUUGGCAGAGAAAGAGUCUAAAAUUGCUGAGAUGGAUGCAGCUUCAACUGGUGAAGCUGCACGAUUAAGAGCUGUUGUAGAAUCUAUUAAAGGAGAGCUUGCCCACCUGAAACAUGAGCACGAAAAGGAAAAGGAGAGCUGGGAAGCUGCCUCUCUGGCAUUUAAAACAAAACUGGAAGUUGCUGAGAGUAACUGCAUUCGUGCUGAAAUAGAAGCUGCUAAAAUGAGAAGUCAGCUGGAGCUAGAGGCAUCUCUGCAAACCCAGAUGCUAAGUACUAGAGAAGCUGAGCUAGCAGCUGCCAAAGAAGAGGUUAGCCGUCUUGAAAGGGAAUUUUCCUCUUAUAAAAUUCGUGCACAUGCACUUCUCCAGAAAAAGGAUGCCGAGCUAGCAGCAGCUAAAGAGUCUGAGCAAACAAAAGCCCUCGAAGACGCAUUAAAAGAGGUAGAAAGAGAAUUGUCAUUGGUAUCUGCGGAAAGGGAUACAGUUCGUCAAGAGCUUCAGGAUAUUUUACGCAAUCAUGACAAAGAAAUUGCAGAAAGAGAUGCUGCACUUGAGAACACCAAACAACAGAUCAAAAGUUUAGAGAGUAAUCUUCAUUCUGCUAAUGCUCGCCACCAAUCAGAGAAAGCUGCAUGGGAAAUAGACCUUAAAAAUUUGGAAGAAACUUGGCGAUACAGAUGUGAAGCACUUACUGCAGAAAAUGAAGCAUCCUCUGGUGAAGAUACACGAAAAGAAUUAGAGGAGACAAAACUACAGUACAAGCGGUUGAAGGAAGAGCAUGCAUCAUUACGAGAUCUUGCUGAUAAAAUGAUUGAGGAGAAGGAUAAAGAAAUUUCUAGACUUUUGGAUGACAACAAGAAUCUUCAACGAUCUCUGGAGUCAAGACAACUGGUUGAUCACACUGAGAAUUACAACACAGCCACACAAAAACAAGAUGCUCCAAAUCUAAACACCUCUGCAGCAGAACAGCAGAUUCUGCUUUUAGCAAGGCAGCAGGCUCAGAGGGAGGAAGAGCUGGCACAAUCACAGCGACACAUUUUAGCCCUUCAGGAAGAAAUUGAGGAGCUCGAACGUGAAAAUCGUCUCCACAGUCAACAGGAAGCUAUGCUGAAGGAGGAACUUCGCAACAUGGAAAGGUCGAAAAGGAGAGAAGGUGUUGAUAUGACGUAUCUGAAAAAUGUAAUCAUAAAGCUUCUUGAAACAGGUGAAGUGGAAGCUCUACUACCUGUUGUAGGAAUGCUUCUUCAAUUUAGUCCUGAAGAGAUGCAGAAGUGUCAACAAGCCUACCGUACCUAUACCGACGUUCCAUCAAGCCCAGCAAAUGAAGCAUCAGGAGGACCAACCCUUUCUCUUUUCUCAAGAUUUUCAUUUUCUUAAAACAACAUAAAAUUCUUCUGUUUGAUGAUCCAUCUGCUUGUCUAUCCAGCUUCACCCACAGACGGUGUCUGCUCAAGGCUGCAGCCAGUGAAAUAUUGUUUUUUUUUUUGGUUCUGUAACAUUCCAAAUUACGUAAAUGAUUCAGUUGUAAAAGAACACUCACGAGGACAAAAGGUAUACAUACAGCAAAUGCAAAACGUGGAGGCAUCUGUUUUCGGCCCCAUUCAUUAGUAUCAGUAAGGCAACACCCUGAGUGCAUCACCAACGUAAUUCAUUUUCAUUUAUUUUGUUCUUUCCAUUGAACCUAGAAUUCAAUGCAAUGCCUUAACCAAGGGCUUUUUCUUGAUUA